UCUUUGUCAUUCAGUUACAAUCGGUGCAUCGUCGAGUGUGCACGUUAGCCACGGAGCGACAUCCAUACGAUUACGUUUAUUGUGUUAAAAGUGUUUUGCUGAGUUUAUUAGUGAAUUUGUUCUAAUAUUAUAAGAUUUACUCUUACCGUACUAUGAAGUACUUACGCCAAAGAUAAACACAACAAUGACUAACUUCGGUGCUUCCUUCUUCCUUCCAUAAUUUAAGAUGCCCAACACCAAACAUCACUUAAAGUAGGGUUCUUUAGCUGUAAAUUCUAACGUAAGAUAUUGUCAAAGAAUAAAGAUGUCACACGGCGGCGUGAAGACGAGAAACGGGGAUGGAGAGAAUGUUGAGUCAUCUCGAGAGGGUUCCGAGAGUCUAGCACCGCCCCCUGAUGGAGGCUGGGGGUGGAUGGUGGUUUUCGCAUCAUUUAUGAUACACAUUGUCACCGAUGGCAUGACCUACUCGUUUGGCGUGUUCUAUGCAGAAUUCCUGACCUACUUCAAUGAGGGCAAAGGCAAGACUGCGUGGAUCGUGUCUAUCCUUGUCGGGGUCACCCUUAGUUCAGGUCCAAUUUCUAGUUCCUUCGUUAACCGUUGGGGAUGUCGAACAGUCACCGUAGCUGGAGCGUUACUCUCUGCUCUAUGCGUGGUCCUGUCGUCAUUGGCCAACAAUGUAAAUGCUCUUAUCGUAACGAUUGGUGUAGGCACAGGUGUUGGUUUUGGUCUCAUCUAUCUGCCAGCAAUUGUCAGCGUCACCGUGUGGUUCGAAAGAUACAGGAGUCUUGCCACAGGCAUCGCCGUGUGUGGCUCGGGACUAGGAACAUUCCUAUUCGCGCCGAUAACCUCCGCCCUCAUAUCGAACUAUGGCUGGAGAGGCGCAAUGGCUAUCAUUGGAGCAUUAAUUCUUAACUGCAUCCCGCUGGGACUUAUGUUCCGACCCGUUCCCGAAAGACCAAGAACACCUGUCACAGAACCAAUGCUACCAAAAGUAGACAAUAACAAUAAGAAGAAACUCAAAAGAUCUCAAAGUAUAGAACAUUUCCUACGAGUAAAUGGGAAAGAUGAUGUAGCGAGACUAACUCUCUCUCAACCAGCUUUAAAUAAGCAACAAGAACAAAAAAUGGGCUCCCGUCAUGGUAGCGGAAUUAUGCAAAGACCUGACGUCUUAUACCAAGGUAGCAUGACCAGUAUAUCAAGAUAUAGAGGUGCUUCUAUUGAUAGAAGGUUGACAAAAGAGGAGGCACCAGAAGAAAAGUGUGGAUGGCUACCCUGCUCAAGAGAAUUCAAAGUAGCGUUAUCAGAAAUGCUCGAUAUAUCUCUACUGGUAGAUCCUGUAUUCAUAUUAUUUUCUGUAUCAAAUUUUCUAACUAGUAUUGGAUUUUAUAUUCCAUAUGUGUAUACUGUGCCAAUGAGCGAGAAACUUGGCAUUGAAAAUCCACCUUACUUGAUAUCCAUUAUUGGUGCCUCUAAUUUGGUGGGUAGGAUCAUUCUUGGAUACAUCAGCGAUAAGCCCUGGGUGAAUCGUCUGUUGGCUUACAAUAUAUGCCUGACGAUUGCUGGAAUAAGUACUGCAGCCGCUAUGUUUUGUUGGGAAUUUUGGGGUCUAGCGAUGUAUGCAACAGCAUUCGGUUUCACUAUUGGUGCUUACGUUGGCCUAACAUCAGUGGUGCUAGUGGAUCUCUUGGGACUAGAGAAGUUGACCAAUGCCUUUGGAUUGCUUUUACUAUUUCAAGGAAUCGCUUCACUUAUUGGUCCGCCCUUUGCAGGAUGGCUUUAUGAUACGUAUCAGUCCUACUCGCCAGGAUUUUACGUCGCUGGCGGAACUAUCUCUCUCAGCGGUAUUAUCCUAUUUCUCAUUCCUGUCUUCGAAAGAAGAAAUAACAGGUGGAAGAACCAGGAAAUGGUGCUGGAGCAAAUUUAGCAGGACAUGUUCCGAGGGGCGAAGUACGAGUGUCCAAUUAUCGUGCUCCACAGUCCCUCAACGUCCUCAAUCACUUCAUCAGAGGACACCUAUUCCAACAGGGUAUAUACAACUAAUAUAGAUGAAGAUUUAGAACCAAAGUGUAUAAAGUGUGACUAUUUGGAUCAAGCUCAUUCCAAAAAUUGUGUGUGUGAAUAAGUGAGUGAUAUGGAGUAUGUUUAAUUAAUAAGAGAACUUCAACAAAUUGAACUUCUUACAAGCUAUAUACUUGUAUUGCGCUAUAUGUUUUAAAACUGCAAAUCAAUGAUUAUUUCCAUAAAAUUCUAACGUACGGAAACCGAUAACUUAGUUAAAAUAAAUAACUAUUAUUAUUUUUGAUUUCCUAAACCGUAAACUUUUAUAUAUUAAUAAGUACUAAGAAUAUUUGCGGAAUUUAACUAUAUGCGGUAAUAAUCUACAGUAGACGUCUAAAAACUAAAUCUUGGUUUCAUUCUUGUCAUUAUGUAUUGUUUUCAUAUUAUGAAAUUAUAUAUCAAGUUAGUGUCGUAACCUCUGAUCCGAUAAAUACUAGUAACUUCCGUAAUUAAUAAAAAUGUCCGGUUCAGAUAAAUUGGCACACGCAUUUGAAAUUAAAUAUCUCGAAUAAAAUUAUAAUAAUAAAAGUAUCUUGCCACUACAAUAACAUGUAUUGUUUAAGUAUAUAAUUAAGUGCAAUCCACGAAGACGAGUCUUAAAGUAUGGUUAAUUUAAUAAAUCAUAUUUGACACCUCAUCAAAAUUCAAUAACGUGACCUUUUUUCGAAGUUGUUGCACAAUUGCUUACAUUUUUCAAUUUCGUUUACACAAUGAAUUGCACUAAAAAAACAAUUCUAGACAUAAUCAUGGUUCUAUUUUUAAAAAAGAACUGAACAUGUUAAUAAUGGCAGGACAGUAUCGCUUUCUUUAGUAUACUUAUAAUAAUACUGACCAGUAUUCAACAUACUAGAAAAAUUAAAUAUUUAGUGGUUAUUCCUUUUCACACUAAUGCCACUUAUAGAAUAUAAAAAGGUGACAAAACAUUUUAAACUAAUUUAAGCAAUACAAGCUUAAUUUCCCUUAUCUUCGCCAGAUUGUGCGUGAUCGGGAAGUAUUCGCGUGUACGUUUCAGUAGGGUUGUUUUGAAGGGUUUAAAACGACUUCUAUGCAACUAAUGACACUACAACUACAGCUAGGAAGUCAUGUGCGACACGUCUUCGUAGAAAGCAACACUUAUUGGCAAAAUUUAUUUAAUUAAUUUUUAAGUAUGGCAAUUAGCAGAACAAUAAUGUAUUCAAGUUACAUAAUAGAUGGCCUUAUUGUGGACCAAACGAAGCUUAUAUUUUACAAUAAUAUACUUUAAAAAUAGGCUACUACUUUUGUAUGUACAAAAUACAUCCUGUAUUAUAUGAUUUAUUUUAAAAUUAAUAAUGUCUAGACUGACAAAUUAUCGUACAAAUUGUCAUAUGAUUUUGACUGAUUCAAUAACUUACAGUUACCUGAGUAAAGUUACCGUUAUAAAA